GAGGAGGCCAAUGGUCGCCCUUUCUUGCCCUCCCCGUUUGACGACUUUCAAGGUUCAUCCUUUGGGGUUGGAUUUUGGAGAAUACAUCUAAUUUAGAUCUUAAGACAUCUUUCUGUUUUAGUAUUUCAUAAUCCGUAUGAUUAAGAUCUACCUGUCAAAGAAGUUACAUUAUUCUGCUAAUGUCCGAAGUGCUAUCAUUUUUAGCCCGCUGUGUGUUAGCGUGCGUGUACGUCCAUUGAACUUGUGGAUUCUGUCUAUGAGUCUUCUGACCAGAAAAGGGAAACAAAUUAAGGUUGAAAUGGAAAAGGAAAUGAAAAAACUGCUGUAGAGAGUCAGAGACAGAGGUUCAUUUCAUUGAAAGCACAUUGAUAUGGCAUAGAAAGACAAAUUUCAGACUGCUUGCAACAUUUCUUCACAUCUCUCACGGGUAAACAGCAAGACAAACUUACAAUGCUAUUCAAUAUUCAUCUUCUUGCUCCAUCCAGUAAAUCAGCAACAAGAUACAGCGUCGGACAAUGUGCAGCCUAGCACACUUCUCCUUCAAGGCCCUACAUAUCUGAAACUGAAGUCUGCCUUGUUGGUUUUUUAAAACAAAGAAAUGGAGAGAACCGAGAGGAAGAUGAAAAACAGAGCAUAAGCUGAAAUGGAGAGAACUCUGCAGCAUGCUUGGUCCCUUGGCAGCUCUACAGCCUCUGUGCAGCUUAGCUUUCUGCACUUUGCUGCCAUUUUGUGCAGCUUUCAUUUUAUUUGCAUUUGAGUUUGCAUUUUCAUUUCAUGUGCAUUUCAUUUGCUGUUUGCAUUUGCUGCCCGUUGCAGCCUCAUUUCAACCUCAUUUCAUCAACAUUGCAGCUCCGCUUGCUGCACAUUGUUGCUGUCAUUUUACAGCUUCAUUUUCACCAUAUUUGCAGCUAAAUUGCUGCCAUAUUUGCUGUCAAAUUGCAACUUCAUUUGCUGUCAAUUUCCAGCCUCAUUGCUGCCAUUUCAUGGCAGUUUCAUUUCUUCAUUUCUGCAGAUUUGAUUGCCACGUUUCUAGCAAUAAUUCCAACAUGCCUUGCCUCUCUGGACAUCCCUCUGCCAAGAGUUCCUCUCUCAUGUUGCCUUCUGUGAAUGUUAGAGGAGUAGGAAAUGGUAAAGGUAAAUAUGAACACAGAAGGAGACUGUCUGGAGUUUUCAAAGACUUUUGCAUUCAGAUGCUGCCAUUUUGCUUCUCUGGCAUCUUUCCAUGGAGGAAUUGCUGGAUAGCUGUUUCCAUACAAACCAAGACAGGACAUUAUAUAGUAGUAUAUGGAGAAAAUCAAGAAUUAUGCUUCUAUUAUCUGCAAAGUAUUCUUCAUGGGCUUUACUUUGCUACUUCUACUAGACAAGUUGCAAUUGGGAAUUAUCAGCAUUCUCAGAUGAUGAUGAUGAGGAUGAAUAACAAAUACUUCUAGCAAAUUAUUGGAUGUUUCUUUGUGUUUACUAUUAUGACUUCAAAAUAUGCUGGCCUGGACAAUGACAACCCUCAAAGAAGGAAAAGAAGCCUGAAUGUCUCUUAAAUGGUGUCAAUGUUUUCGAAGUUCUAAAUUCCAGCAAAGUAAAAGUAUGCGCCAAAGUUCCUCAGCUCGUUCCUGUACUUUAUCCGACCAUGGCAGAAGCUGCCAUAAUUGAUCAUGGUGUGAUGUUAUUAAUUGUUAACCUCAUUCACAGAUUUUUCUUGAGCACUUUGAUUAAUUAAGAAUGAACAGAAAA